AUGGAGUUGGUAGAGGGUACCUCGCCCACCCUGAGAGGUUUCGCAACCCCGUGGGCCGUUUAUAGCGGUAAGCCGCGGAACGUAAACCUGGCCAACCUCGCCAAGCUCGAUAUCCACCUGGAUAGGAACUCUAACGAUGGCUUCUCGUGUGGCCUGAGCUGCAAGCGGACUGCAGUCUACUAUGACCCGAGCUCCGACAGCGGGGACGACGUUGGCCGAGUCGCGCCGGAGUGUGGGGAUGGCACUGCAAUGUUGAUCCAAGAUUGGAAUGGUUCCGGGUUCCACGGCGAGCACCACAACGCGGUCCCUGAAAAAACAGGAGCCACCCCUUUUGAGUGCGAAAAAUGA